AUGGCAAUUGAAUUAUGUUCUGAUAAUCCUGUAAGUACGAACGUGAGUCCUAGGAUUUCAUUUUCUCAUGAUUUUUCACAAGCAGAUGUAAUUCCGGUAGAAAAAUAUAUUGAAUCGAAUUCAUCAUCGACUGGUGAUUUUGAUUUCUGUGUAUUCCGGGGAAGCUUUGAUCAAGAAUCUUCUUUGGCCGAUGAUAUUUUCUUGGAUGGAAAGAUUCUUCCAGUUGAAAUCAAGAAAAAAUUGGCAGCUCCACCGAAAAGGGUGGAGGAGCCUCCACUAUCGCCAUCACCUCCACCUCCAAAUCCACAACAUGAUCACAAGAUUAAUUAUACUUCGAACAAGAAGAAUAUUGGGAACUCAGAAGAAAAGCAAAACAAGUCAUUUUGGCUGUUCAAGCGCAGCAGUAGUUUGAAUUGUGGUGGCAAUGGUGGUGGCUAUGGGCGGAGCUUAUGCCCUUUGCCACUUCUAUCCCGGAGUAAUUCAACAGGUUCAGCAACCAGUUCUAAACGAUCAUCAAUAUCAAAAUGCAGUUCCAAUCAUAAGCAGCAGCAUAAGUGUUCAUUAUUCAGUAAUUCGGCGGGGAAGCAAUCACAAUUUUUGUCAUCAUCUGCUUCUCAUCAGAAGCCUCCAUUGAAGAAAAAUAUUCAGGGUUCUUAUGGAAUUAAUCCAGUUUUGAAUGUUCCUUCUGCAAGUCUGUUUGGUAUGGCUUCUAUAUUUUCUGGUGGCAAGGACAGGAACAAGAGCAAGAAGUGA